AUGGCCGCUCAAUCCAUGUCCGCACGUAUCCCUAUCUUCACACUCAUACUACUCUCAGCCGUCUCGGCUUCUUCUUCCAGUCCGACCACCAACAGCAACGGGAGCGACACCGACCUUGCCGCGCUGCUGGCUUUUAAAGCCCAGCUCGCCGAUCCUCUCCGCAUCCUUGCCACCAACUGGACCACCGGCACGUCUUUCUGCCAUUGGAUUGGUGUUUCAUGCAGUCGGCGAAGGCAACGUGUCACUGCUCUAUCGUUCAACGGCAUGCCUCUCGUUGGCUCUUUGGCACCUCAUGUUGGUAACCUCUCUUUUCUCUCUGUCCUCAAUCUCACCCGCACCAAUCUCACGGGCUCCAUUCCAGCCGAACUUGGUAGGCUACAUCGUCUUAUGCAUCUCCGUCUCUCAAGUAAUAGCCUGUCGAAUGCUAUACCUACUUCCCUAGGGAACCUCACAAGGCUCGAGUACCUUGGUCUAUCUCUGAACCAACUCUCAGGCCAGAUCCCUUUUGAGAUGUUGUUGCAUAUGCACAACCUUAAGGUGAUUGCUCUGGCCGCAAAUGACUUGACUGGUCAAAUUCCACCACAUUUGUUCAAUAACACGCCUUCCUUGACGGUCAUCGAUUUUGGAAAUAAUAGCCUGUCAGGUCCUAUACCAAACACCAUUGCAUCUCUAUCCAUGCUUCAGUUCUUCAGCCUACAAAUUAAUCAAUUCUCUGGCCUGGUGCCACAAGCCAUUUACAACAUGUCUAGCCUACAAAGCAUGAUACUCACAGGAAAUGGUAACUUAACUGGAAUGUUUCCGAGGAAUCAAAGUUUCAACCUCCCAAUGUUGCAACGCUUUUCGCUUGAUGAUAACAACUUUUAUGGUCAAUUUCCGGUAGGGCUUGCAUCAUGCCAGAACCUGCAGGUAAUUGAUCUGGGUAGAAAUUCCUUUGUGGAUGUUUUGCCAACAUGGUUAGCCAAUUUGCCAUACCUUGAAAUACUAUUCUUGGGUUUUAGUGGCCUUAUUGGUUCAAUCCCAGAUGCUCUUAGCAAUAUCACCAGUCUUACUGAUCUGGACAUCUCAAACGGAAACCUCACAGGAGAGAUUCCACCAGAAUUAGGUCUUAUGCAUGAACUCUCGUAUAUGUACCUUGGAGGCAAUCAAUUGACUGGUAAAAUUCCAGCUUCCUUUGGCAACCUGUCCAAUUUGUAUUUCCUUUCUUUGGAAAGUAAUCAGUUGUCCAGUCUAGUACCAACAACAAUUGGAGAAAAUUCGGCUCUAGUCACGCUUGAUUUGUCAGGAAACAAUUUAGAGGGAAACAUAGACUUCUUAUCAGCUCUUUCCAAGUGCAGAGAACUCCAACUCCUUGUGAUACAAUCUAAUUAUUUCACAGGCGUCCUCCAUGGCCAUGUGGGGAACCUUAGUUCACAGCUAAUCACUUUUACUGCAGGUUACAACAAGUUAACUGGUGGAAUUCCAACAACAAUUUCAAACUUAACUAACCUUCAAUGGAUAGAUCUUAGUAACAACUUCUUCACCGAGCCAAUCUCAGAAUCCAUCGGUAUGUUGGAAAAUCUGGUAUGGCUCGAUAUCUCUUACAAUGAAAUGUUAGGCCCUAUCCCAACACAAAUAGGUAUGCUUGGGAGACUACAACGUUUGUUUCUCCAAGGAAACAAAAUUUUAGGCUCCAUACCAAAUAACUUUGGUAAUCUAAGUUCGUUAGAAUACAUCGACUUGUCCAGUAACAAUUUAAAUUCCAUGAUACCCGCGAGCUUUUUCCACCUAGAUAAACUUAUCAAACUAGAUUUUUCUCAUAAUUCCUUUGUUGGUGCAUUACCAGUUGAUGUUUCUGGUCUAAGACAAACAAAUUACAUGGACGUUUCUUCCAACUUCUUGAUUGGAAGCAUCCCAAAUUCAUUCGGACAACUUAAUAUGCUAACCUACCUAAAUUUGUCACAUAACUCUUUCAAUAGCUCAAUUCCUUCCCCUCUUGAAAAGCUAAAAAGUUUAGCAUCAUUAGACCUCUCAUUUAACAAUCUCUCUGGCACUAUUCCCAUGUUCCUUGCCAACUUGACCUACUUGACUACCUUGAACCUCUCAUUCAAUAGUCUAGAAGGCCAAAUACCCGAGGGGGGUGUUUUCUCAAACCUCACCUCACAAUCUUUGAUUGGAAAUAUCGGGCUAUGUGGGGACACACGCCUAAGAUUUCCACCAUGCCUCGACAGAUCUCCCUCAAGUAAAAGGCACUUGCUUCAAUUUCUACUCCCAAUACUUGCAUUAGCUUUCGCCAUUGCCAUUUUUGUAUUCAUAUGGACUCGAAGGAAACUUAAGAAAGCAGAUGGUGAAACUUCUGUUGAUCCAACUAAUGUCUUAGGACAUCAGAUUAUCUCCUAUCGUGAGCUUAUUCGUGCCACUAAUGAUUUUAGUGAAGAAAACUUAUUGGGAUUCGGAAGCUUUGGAAAAGUAUUUAAGGGUCAAUUGAGCAAUGGUUCGGUUGUGGCGAUAAAAGUUAUUGACAUGCGGCUGGAGCAUGCCAUCCGAAGUUUUGAUGCCGAGUGUCAAGUGCUUCGCAUGGUGCGACACCGCAAUCUGAUAAAGAUACUCAACACAUGUUCCAACCUUGACUUCAGAGCACUAGUGCUUCAGUACAUGCCCAAUGGCAACUUAGAGAUGCUCCUACACAUGUCUCGGAGUACAAGGUGCUUGGGAUUUCUUGAAAGACUAAGCAUCAUGCUCGAUGUGUCGAUGGCAAUGAAUUAUCUACACCACGAGCACUACGAGCUUAUAUUGCAUUGUGACCUAAAGCCUAGCAAUGUGCUGUUUGAUGAGGAGAUGACGGCGCAUGUGGCAGACUUUGGGAUUGCAAGAUUGCUUCUAGAUGACAGCUCCAUGAUAAGUGAAAGCAUGCCUGGAACAGUUGGGUACAUGGCACCAGAGUAUGGGUCGCUUGGAAAAGCAUCAAGGAAGAGCGAUGUGUUUAGUUAUGGAAUCAUGAUCCUUGAGGUCUUCACUAGAAGGAGACCCACUGAUGCUACAUUCGGUGCACAACUAAACCUUAGGCAAUGGGUUCAUCGUGCAUUUCCCGCAGAGCUUGUCCAGGUCAUUGAUGGCCAGCUACUGCAAGACUCCUCUCUUUCUAGUUGCGGCUUGGACAAUGGCUUUCUUGAGUCGGUAUUUGAGCUAGGUUUGGUCUGUACCAGUGACUCGCCUAACCAGAGGAUGACUAUGCAUGAUGUGGUUGUGGCGCUGAAGAAGAUCAAAGCCGAGUACACCAAACAUGCAACAAAGAUGUCACCUUAUGCUACACAAUGAUCCCUCCCUCAC